CAGAGAAGAAGAAAAAGCCGAAGAAGAAGUACACACGGGAAAGCGGAAGCUAGCUGUGGAAAUGUUUAUGUUUUGAUCUACUAUGUCACAUAUGCGGCAAAAAGAUUGUUUAAUAAACCAAAGACUUCGGAUUGACCCAGUUAUACAUGCGAUUUGAAAGCUUCACUUGGCCGUGUCCUCUUUCAAAAGUGGAUAACUCUGAGUUACAACUGAGAACAAGGAGACAAUAACGUGGGAUUAAAGUCGGCCAAAAUAAUGGCAGGGAAAAGCAGAGACAGCGGCGAAGUUAUUAAAAACUACCAUAAACAGGCCUUCGAGUAUGUAUCGAAGGCAUUACGGAUCGACGAAGAUGAUACAGGAGAGAAAGAGGAGGCUGUGCAGUGGUACAAGAAGGGGAUUUCUGUGCUUGAAAGGGGUAUUGAAGUAGAGAUCACGGGGCAAGCAGGAGAGCAAUAUGACAGAGCAAAGAGACUUCAAGAUAAAAUGGUCACCAAUCUCACCAUGGCAAAAGAUCGUCUCGCUCUGUUAGAGGCAGCAAUGGCAAAUAAAAGGAGGAAUGAUCCCCAGAAGACACCAAAUCAUGCCCUCACACAACCAAGGCCUGUGCCUAAAAGCCAGCCUGCAGUGCGAGGUGUGUCCACUAACAUCCGACCCUCCACCGUUAGAACCCCACCCAGACCCACUGAUCAAAAGGUGACGCCACGGAUGGCAAAAACUCAAAAUGGAAAACUUGCAGCUAUGAAACAACUCCCAAAGAGAGAUAUGAAAAACUUCAAGAAUGUGGACAGCAAAUUGGCCAACUUGAUUAUGAAUGAAAUUGUUGACAGUGGAGCGUCUGUAUUCUUUAAAGACAUUGCGGGACAGGACCUGGCCAAGCAAGCACUCCAAGAGAUUGUCAUCCUCCCUGCCUUAAGACCAGAGCUCUUUACUGGCCUGAGAUCUCCUGCGCGUGGUUUACUUUUAUUUGGGCCGCCUGGAAAUGGGAAAACCAUGCUGGCCAAAGCAGUCGCAGCAGAAUCAAAAGCUACAUUCUUCAACAUCAGCGCUGCCACUUUGACCUCUAAAUAUGUGGGAGAGGGCGAGAAGCUUGUGCGAGCACUGUUUGCAGUUGCCAGAGAAUUGCAGCCCUCUGUGAUCUUUAUCGAUGAAGUGGACAGCUUGCUCUGUGAAAGAAGGGAGGGAGAACACGAGGCCUCCCGUCGACUAAAAACCGAGUUCCUCAUUGAGUUUGACGGGGUGCAGUCAGGAGGGGAUGACAGGGUGCUCGUAAUGGGAGCGACCAACAGGCCUCAGGAGCUCGAUGAAGCAGUACUGAGGCGUUUUGCAAAAAGGAUUUAUGUGGCAUUGCCGGAUGGGGAGACGCGAGUCACGCUGCUGAAAAACCUUUUGGGAAAGCACGGGAAUCCACUGAGCAAAAAUGAGCUUUCCCUUCUCGCAAAAAAGAGUGAAGGAUAUUCAGGAAGUGAUCUCACGUCAUUAGCCAAAGACGCUGCGCUCGGGCCGAUCAGAGAGUUGGGACCAGAUCAAGUGCGAAGUAUGGCUGCUAGUGAGGUGCGUAACAUCAAGAUGAAAGACUUUGAGGAUUCCUUGAAGCGCAUUAAGCCCAGUGUUAGCCCAGCAACUCUUCAGAUGUAUACCAAAUGGAACAAAGAUUUCGGAGACACAACAGCUAUUUGAAUUUUGAACUUUUCACUUGUUAAAAAAACAACAAACCCUUUGUAGAGUGGUAAAGCUAUAAUGUAUAUAUGUCGUGAAAUUAGGAAACAUUUCCUGUUAUAUGGGAAGGCUUUGCUACUAAGGCUUUCUUUACUGUGUUUUUACAGUCCUAAAACCCUGUCUUGCUAUUUGAAAUUUCAUUAUUUAUUCCUAAGAAUGUCCUGCAAAAUUACAAUUGAUCUUUCUCUUACCUCAAGAGGGCAGCAUGUUUCUGUAAAUCCUGACAACCGCGCUGAUUUCGGUCAUUUUACACAUCCAUUAUUUUCCCGAUGCGUUGACAUGUUGAUGGUAUUGAUCACCAAGUUCUGUCUGUACUUGUACAUAUGCAAGAGUAAUAAUAAUUGGAAGAAUAUCUGCCAAAUUGGGUGCAUUUUUAUUGCAUUUUUUUUUUUUUUCAUUUGCACUUAUAGUUUGUCAAUACAAAUACUUUUAUUGUAGUUGAAAGUAGGAGACCGGAUGAAUUGUUGUGAUGGCCAAGAAGAGUUAUGAUUUAAUUGAGCAGAACUGUAAUGGUUUCCUACUUUCUUCAUGCAUUAAUAAAUACAUUCAUUAAAGUUU